AUGCAGAUCUUCUGGGAACAAAUUCAGACAGCUCCAGCAGAUUGCUCCUCUCUGCAACAUGCUGCUCAGGUAACGAAAAUGCCCACACAGAUGCAACAUUGCAACAGGCAGCUCUUGCAAAACUUCAAGACCCACUAUUGGUCUCGUCUGCUCAAACAGCUGGAGACUAUCUCCACAUGCAAAGGAAGUCCCUAACUCACCAAGGGCUUGAGACCCAUCAGCUGCCCUCCCUGGUUUCGCUAGCCAGUCAAAGCCAUUCCCAGGGUGUUGCUGCUGUCGCAUGCUGACGGCUUCUAGGAGCCACAGGUGAGAGCUGAGAGCAGGGUGGGGACCAAAGGUGAGCAAUCUAUCCCAGAAGGAGCAUGAUGUGUCCUCCACCAGAGGUCCUACCCUCCUCCAACACUCCACACACGAGUAAAUAACUACUUAAUAUGUUUAUUCCAAAAUUUCAUUGUAGGUCAUUAAUUCCUGUAGGCAGGUGAAAUAGAUUUAGUAAUCAUUAAUAUUAAGUAAGUAAUCAACCAAGUCACAUCAGGCUAAAGCACAGAGCCUUAUUUUUUAUUUUUAUUUUUCAAAAGGCUGCAUGUUUCCCUCUGCUACCACUACAGCAUAGAAUGAAGUUGAGGUUGGUUGGGCUCAGCAACAGCAAGCCUUCUCAUAGAAAGUCAAGUAGCAACUAAUUACUAUGCAUGUCCUCCCAGGGAAUAUGUAAUUUACAUUCAUGUAUGUACAUUCUGAAAAUAUACGCAUGGAGAAACAGUUGGGAGAAAUUUAUUUAAAUUGAAAUUUCCCCCGUGCUUUAAAUUGCAGUAAUAGCAAUAUACUUAAAAUGUGCGAAGCAUCGCGUAACAUUAUGAGAAACAAAUCCAGAUGGCCCAAGCAUGCAAGCCCCAUCCACCUACACUUCUGGACUGCAGACACACCAUACAUUUAAUGGUUCUUUAAAACAAUCCUGGGACCCAUAAGGGGGCCAGGAAUUGUAGCGCUGUGAGGGGAUAAAUGGCUGCUUCUAGCAUUCUUUGGCAGAGACAAUGUGCUUACCCCUGCUUUUCAGAGGGAGGCAGCUGCCAGAUCAGCAGAGCCUGGCACUUGUGAUAUUCUGGCACCAGGUCCCUCCCACUCCUCCCCAUCACUGCAGCCCUUUUUCUGGCUUCUCUGGAAAAUGUGACAUGCAGGAAGCCAGCACUUUUAACUCCUUUCAUGUGCUAGAAAUGCUGAGGACAAAAUGUGACGGGCGCGACGGCACUUUUCCCUCUCACUUAGAUAAAUUGCCCCCACCUCACUGAACAACCCUUUACCCGAAGGUUUCUUUCCUUUUUCCCUUAAAAAUUCUAGCCCCAGAGUAUGCUGUGAAGGACCUUUGUGAAGGGGUAACUAGUAAGUUGGAGUCUCGGACAGGUUUUCUUUAAAUAAACAAUAAAGAUUUAUUUAAGGCAAAAUAGUAUAUAACACAAAUGGAUUCAACUUAGGUUAGUUCAGAAAUACAGUGCAAUUUCACUUUAAAUUUGUCUUCAGUUUUUGCAUUAUGGUUUGGUUCUUUUUUUCUGGUGAUACUUUCUUUCAGUUACCCAACCCCUUUAACAAUCCUGCUCCUGAGGUACUUUAAGUAAUACAGUGGUACCUCUGGUUACGAACUUAACUCGUUCGGAGGUCCAUUCUAGUAAUAAUAAUAAUUUAUUAUUUAUACUCCGCCCAUCUGGCUGGGCUUCCCCAGCCACUCUGGGUGGCUUGCAAAAAAAUAUUAAAACACUGUAAUACAUCAAACAUUAAAAGCUUCCCUAAACAGGGCUGCCUUCAUAUGUAGACCACAGGGCUCUCCACACUCCCUCCCUUCACUGGGUCUGGGAGUUUCUUCUUUUCCUUAGAAGAAUCUAUCUCUCCCCUCCAGACUAGAUUUGAGUCCCAAGUAGGCUGUUCCUUUCCAGCUCUUGUGGGAGUCAUAAAGCCACAGCAAAGGCUUGUAAUAUUGCAGGGUGCCCCCUGACCUCGGCUGACCAGCACUCUGAGCUUUACAAUGUAUUGGAAUGUAUUGACCUUAAAUGGAGUUGUAUUUCCUCUGGGCAGUGAUGACCUUAUAUGGUUUGUGGGUGGGUUAAAGCCUUGACCGGAUGAGGUAACGUGAGACAUUGGCAAACAGCCAUGCGGCUGGAGAGAGACAAAGGAUAAUAAAGAAGCUACAGGAGGAGAGGGAAGUUGGAAAGGAGCUGCUCAUACCAUCCUGAAAAUAUUGCUGGCUCUCUGUGUCUUUAUUUUAUGCUAAACUGCGCCAUUUGUAAUGGCUGGCUCCGACAAGUGGUGCCCCGUGUGAGGCUGAAUAAAAGAAUACGUCUGAGGCUUUUAAAAGAAAACUGUGUGAGGCAACUUAAAGAAAACAGUCUGAGGCAGACUAAGAGGAUUUUAAAAGGAAACCGAGUGAGGUUUUUCGAUUCACGCAAAGGAUAUCAUCGGCUCACCACGCCCGGCAAGGGUUGCAUAGCACUAAUCAUCUUAAAAAGAUCCCGGUGAGUUUCGAUCCCUUUUUUUCUAUCUUGAUUUUAGAAAAAUGGGCAGCUCUUUGUCUACUCCCCAACAGAAAUUUUUUAAAGACUUAAAAUUUCUCCUCUCCUCCAAAAAAUUGGAAGUUCCGGAGGGUGAUUUGAUACAGCUCAUUCUGGCCAUCGAAGAGCAUUCCCCCUGGUUUCCUGCAGAUGGGACUUGGGAAUUAAAACUUUGGGACAAGAUUGGGGCACAUUUUCAUGGGCACCCCAGCAUAGGUGUUCGGAUUCUAAAUGCAUGGUGCAAGGUUCGUUACGCCAUGGGCUCUUUAUCACCAAAAAAUAUCUCCAUGGCUGCAUUGCCAACACAACCUCCAGCUUCUUUAAUUCAGCCUGCUGUGCUGCCAUCUGUUCCAGCACUCGCCUUGCCAGCAGCAGCCGCAGACCCCAAACCUCCGGACUACAGUUCCUCACCUGAGGACCCAAUCCUGCAGAAAUACCGUGGUCUGGCUGGCAAUGAUCCUGCUCUUUCAGCGGCAGAACCAGCUACCCCUUUUCAACGUGCAGUCCUUGCCUGUUCCUUAAUUCAGGAUACUAUGGCAUUCCCUGUUAUUGUGCCCCUGCUGGUGCCCUGGCAGGCACCCAAGCCCAACACCAACCUUUUGACUUUAAGAUCUUGAGAGAGCUGCAACAGUCAGUAAAGGCCAAUGGACUCCAAGCCCCAUAUACGCAGGCGCUUUUAGAAGCCACAUUAGCCCAGCUCUUGGUUCCAGAGGACAUCAAGCUUUUGGCCCAUACAGUGUUACCCCCAUCAGCUGGUGUUUUGUUUGCCCACGAAUGGGAAACUGCCUGCCGUGCUUAUGCUCCAGCCUUGUUACAACAAGUCAGAGGAAAUAAUCCAAAUGUUACCCUCGCAGACGUCAUAGAUGCCAUGUUGGGGCGUGGUCCCUUCGCUCAAGCUUCAGUGCAAGCCACACUGCUGCAAAUCUUAUUGAGGGACACUGCUCUUGCUGCUAAACAAGCAAUGAGAAAAAUCCCAGAACCCACCAGUAUUCAAUCAAGGUGGGGUUCAAUCAGGCAAGAGGCAAGAGAAUCAUAUUCUUCCUUUAUGGAUAGGCUGCUUACAGCAGUGAGUCGCCAAAUUGAAAAUCAUGAAGCCAAACAAAUAAUCAUCAAACAAUUGGCCUUUGAAAAUGCCAAUGAGGAUUGUAAGGUUGCGUUACGACCGAUAAUACACAAUCCUGCCACAGACACAGCAGCCAUGCUUCGCAUUUGUCAGUCUGUAGGGACAGCCACCCACAAGGCUUAUCUGCUGGCAGCAGCGCUAAAUAAAAACCAGCCUGUAGCCACCGAUAAAACAUGUUUCCAGUGUGGCAAACCAGGACACUUUAAGGCGCAAUGUAGAUCCACGCAACAGCCUAGGCGUCCUUCUACCAAAUGUCCAAUCUGCAAAAAAGGCUUUCAUUGGGCCAAUCAAUGCAGAUCGCUUCCCCAAAACCAACAGCAGGGUCAGUACACUGCCCGAAAUCAGCAAGGACAACAGCAGGGAAACUGGCAGCAGGGCUCACCCCGGGCCCAGACAAAUCAAUAGGGGACCCCCUGGAGUCGAGGGAAACAGCACCACGGCUUCGCCUGACUCAGGACGUGGAAUUCCAUUUGCCUUUCUGCCCUUUAAAGACUCAUGUUCUCACUGAAGCAGGGUUAGACAAUCAUGCCACUUGUCUGGUAUUACCUCUAUUAUCUGCACAGGCAACAGGAAUUCAUGCGGUACCGAUGCUAACACACGGACCAUAUGUGAAUUUCCUUGAGAUCACGCUAUAUGCGGAUCGUCCAUGCAGAAUACAGUCAAAUACUUCAGUGGCGAAGAUUAUCAUUUCCCCCCCAUCCGAACAACUACCCCUAAUUGCAGCAGCCAUGAACAUUACAGCCUCGCGCCCUUCUGUGUCUCUGACAGUGGGAGGUCGACGCAUUGAGGGAGUUCUGGACACAGGGGCGGAUGUAACAGUCGUGGCAAAAUCUGCUUGGCCUUCCAGUUGGCCCACCUGUCCAGCCACACAAGUUAUUGGUGUGGGAGGUGAAUCACAGGCACGGCGCAGUCUCCACCCAAUACUCAUCCAAAGCGAUAGCGGGGUUCAGAUCACCCUCUAUCCAUUAAUAAUGGACAUUCCAGUCUCCUUAUGGGGGCGCGAUAUUUUGGCUAUUGCAGACACCAAAUUGGAGUCAAAUUUAUUCUAAGGGCCACCCCUGCACUUCCACGCACCGCUGUGCCGUUACAAUGGAUCACCACUACCCCAGUAUGGGUAGAACAGUGGCCUCUACCAAGAGAAAAAUUAGCAGCGGCGGCCCAGCUUAUUUCUGAACAAUUGACCCUUGGCCACAUUGAACCGUCCUCAUCUCCCUGGAACUCCCCAAUUUUCGUUAUUAAGAAAAAAUCAGGCAAAUGGCGUCUUUUACAGGAUAUGAGGAAAAUUAACCAACAAAUACAGCCAAUGGGAACUUUACAACCUGGCAUGCCAAAUCCAAAUAUGCUCCCACGAGAAUAUCAGUUGGCGGUGAUUGAUUUAAAGGACUGUUUUUUUUCUAUCCCACUGGCUCCAGCAGACAGGGAACAGUUUGCUUUUACAUUGCCAGUAUAUAACAAUUUGCAGCCCACCCAGCGAUAUCAGUGGGUUGUCCUGCCUCAAGGCAUGCGGAACUCCCCUACACUUUGUCAACAUUUUGUGGGUGAAGCAUUGAAACCUUCCGCAGGCGCCACCUAGAGGUUAUAUGUUAUCAUUUUAUGGAUGACAUUUUAAUUGCUGCUAAGGAACUCCUGCCAGGCAUUUUUCAAGAACUUUCUGCCACAUUAGCGGAAGCGGGACUCUGUAUAGCGCCUGAAAAAAUUCAAUUGACGUUGCCCGCCGCCUACUUGGGACAUAAAGUCUCUGCACAAGCAGCGCUGCCUAUUGUGUGAGGAGAACCUGAGCUUACAGGGUUAAACAGCUCAGAGUGUACGCCCCGCCUACUGUUGAGAGGAGGGGGGAAAUGCUUCGUCAUUUCCGAGAGACUCAAGCCUUUGUUCUGUCUCUCUACUUUCGCUUUUGAGGAGAGAGGACGUGUUUUCGCGAUGCUGUUCGCUGUGAUAGAUAAUGGAUAGCCUGCUGUAAAUAAAACUGCUUUUAGCUGCUAAGAUCCUGAGUGGACUUUAUUUAAGCACACUGAAGAAGGCACUGGAGGUUUUUUUUUGCAGUCUUCCUCUUGCCGCUGUCGAAACUCUGCUAUGCUCAGAUAUGUGGACAUUGGAAUGCAGAGGCUUGCACAAGGGAAGUGUGCCGGACCUCAGGCUUAUCUGAGCAAUAAAUCAAUCCGCUCUAACAUAUUGUUCCCCAACUGACUAUCCCUUCAAACAUGAAGCUUGUGCAAUUACAACAACUUCUUGGGCAUUUGAAUUGGGCUCACUCUUUCCUUGCAUUACCUACCAGCACACUAUCACCAUUGUUCUCAGCGCUCGCAGGACACAAGGAUCCAGCAGAUGUAAUCCAGGUCACUUUGGCAAUGAUCACUGCAUUACAAACUGUUAAUCAGCACCUGCGAUCUAUUCUCGUGGACAGGAUCACAGAAGCCUCUGCACAUGAGCUGCAUCUGGCAGUGUUUGCUACACCGUUGUUGCCAACAGGAAUUUUAUAUGCUCAGACGGAAAGGAAGAAGACUAUCUGCAUUAUAGAAUGGCUACAUUUACCGCACACCCCACCAAAAAACAUUUAUUCCGUAAUUGAAUCCACAUCAGACAUUGUUAUCAAAGGACGUUCACGUGCUAUAGCUUUGAGCGGUUCUGAUGUUGCAUCAAUAUAUCUGCCCUUCUCACAGACUGAACAGCAGCAUUUAUUCAUAACUAAUGCUGCCGUGCAAAUUGCCUUAGCUGAUUUUAUAGGUGUCAUCAUUUUUAACCCUCCAAAGGAUGACCGUUUGACAUUUCUGACACAGGUCACCUAUGUUUUGGCUACCCCCUUGUCUCUCACACCCCUCCCCUCUGCAUUGACCCUUUUCACGGAUGGAACAAGAAGUAGGGGGGUAGUGACAUGGGAGGAGGGAGGACAAUGGAAAUGUUUAUUUACCCCCCCCACAGUCUUCUGCUCAGCGAGCUGAGCUAGCGGCUGUGAUUCUUGCCUUUCAAUCCUUUCCUACUCAACCUUUCAAUCUUAUUGUGGAUACUCAGUAUGUAUAUCGCCUUUUUGCUAUUUUACCAAUAUCUUAUAUAACUCCUUCCUUGGAUUCUGACUUGUUUUCCUUGUUUCUUGCCCUGCAGGCCUUACUUCAGCACAGAGAGUUCCCUUAUUAUGUUGCACAUCUUCGCUCGCACACAUCGCACCCAGGGUAUUUAGCAGAGGUAAAUGCAAGAGCAGAUGCGGCUUUGAGGGACAUUUCUGCCUUUUCUCUCUUUUCUGAUCCUAUACUAUGUCAUAACACCUUUCACCUUCCUGCGAAAGCAUUAGCAAAGCAGUUUUCUAUUCCCUUGGCCCAAGCAAGGGAUAUAGUUUCCCAAUGUGCUUCUUGUUCUAAAUCUCAGCUGGCCAUUCCUUUUGAUGCUGUCAAUCCUAGGGGCACGUCUGCAUUGGCGUGUUGGCAGAUGGAUGUCACACACACACCUGUGUUGGCUCCACUCUCCAAGGUUCACCUCACGGUGGACACCCACUCUGGAUUCAUAUGGGCUACGCCCAUGAGGGGGGAAACAGCUCGGCAUGUCAUUCAACACACUAUCCGCUGUUUCUCAGUCAUGGGUAAACCCGCGCGUAUCAAAACUGAUAAUGGUCCAGCAUAUAUUUCUAAAACAUUUUCGGAAUUUUGUAUGUUGUGGAAUGUGAAAUUAACUCAUGGUAUACCCUUUAACUCCACAGGGCAAGCGAUAG